GUCUGUGCCGCUGCGUUUUCCGGGAGCUGCGCGGUCUCCCUCCCUCUCCUUUGCAGUCCUGAGCUCGCGGUCCCAGCUUUUGGUUGCUGCGUCCUUGGCAGGCGUGAGGCCAAAGCAAAAAUGAGGAGUGGGAAGGCCUCUUGUGCGCUGGAGACCGUCUGGGAGGACAAGCACAAGUAUGAGGAAGCCGAGCGGCACUUCCAUGAGCAUGAGGCCACACAAGCCGCCGCCACCUCUGUCCAUCAGCUCCUGGACGAAGUGCCAGCUGUGAACGGGCCCAGCCAGGAGGACACGGAGGACACCGAUGAGACAGAGACUCCCAACACCAGCAGCAGGAGUGAUCCUAGGAAGAGCCACGAGUGCAAGAAGCCGUUACAGAAAAAGAGGAAGCGCUCCCCGAAAAGUUGGCUUGGUCAGGCGGACCUGGCCCUUGUGGGCCUCUCUGCUGACCAUGUAUGGUUGGACAAGCCACUCUUCGACCAGGCAGAAAGCUCCUACCGCCAGAGGCUGGCAGAUGUAGCCGCCCAAGCAGCCCAGCCACCUGCUCUGACCCCUCGGGGGCCCUGUACACAUGGAAGCCAUGUGGCAUGCCACCAUGUGAUCUGGGGAAUCUGGGUCAACAAGUCUUGCUUUGAUCAAGCUGAGCGGGCUUUUGUAGAGUGUUCUCAGUCCUUGCUGCUGGCUGCAGAGGGGAGCCGUAGGCAGGGGACUCCUGACACGGGCCAGCAGGUUGUCACUCCUGACCUGGCCUCUGCCUGCCAGCCUUGUCCACCAGCCAAUGGCCAGCCUCCUCUGGGCAGCCUGCAGGCAUUGGUGCGAGAGGUGUGGCUGGAAAAGCCCCGGUAUGAUGCAGCUGAGAGGGGCUUCUAUGAGGCCCUAUUUGAUGGUCACCCCCCAGGGAAAGUGCGCCUGCAGGAACGAGCCAGUCAGGCCGAGGGUACCCGGAGGGGCCGCAGAGACCGUCGGAGCCGCAAUAAUGUAGGAAACAAGCGAGCUGGGUCAAAACGGGCAGAGGGGGAGGCUCCUUCUGCCUUGCCCUACUGGUACUUCCUACACAAGGACGCAGAGGCCCCCUGGCUCAGCAAGCCAACCUACGACAGCGCUGAGUGCCGCCACCAUGCCGCUGAGGCCCUGCGCAUAGCCUGGCGCCUAGAAGCUGCCUCCCUGGCUCACCGACCCACGCCCCGUUCUGGCCCAUCCAUGUCCAGCCUGAGACCCAACAGAAAAAUGGCUACAAACUUCCUAGUGCACGAGAAGAUCUGGCUCAAGGUGAUGCUGCCCAACUCCCCUGAGGCCCUGGGCCAGGCCACCCCUGGGACUAGCUCAGGCCCUGGAGCCUCCAGUGGACCUGGUGGAGACCACAGUGAGCUCAUUGUGAGGAUUGCCAGUCUGGAAGUGGAGAACCAGAACCUUCGAGGCGUGGUGCAAGAUUUGCAGCAGGCCAUUUCCAAGUUGGAGGCCCGGCUGAGCACUCUGGAGAAGAUGCUUCUAGUUGAGCUCCAAAACCUCUAA